AUGGCGGUCGUGCAGUUCAAGAAUGAAGGAUAUCUGAAGGAACUCAUCCAGGAUGGCGUAGACGUUCAAGGAGUCUUAAUCCCUGAUGGCCUACAGCAGUUGCAGCCGGCAUUCCAGUUUAAGAUGCUUGCAGUAGAUAGAAAGUGCAUGAAAGUAAUGAAAUGCCUGAAUCUCGAAAUUGUUCGCAGAUCAGACUGUCUGGAAAGAUAUCCGAGUUUCAACGAAGGAUUCCAAAUUUGCGCUAAGCUCAAUUCCCGGAAUGCCUGUAACAUAGAGUUCUACCGUGGAAUGCCUGUCGUGCUUGGUGAUGGCAGGGUGGUGUUUCUAUACGGAGUGAUUGUCGUGUCCCGUCCACCGUUCUUCGUGAUCAAUGACCUCACUGAAAGCAGGAGAUGGAUUACCGCCGUUCUUUCUCUGUUGGGCAGUGUUCCAGCCGGUAAAGUGAGAAGACUGCUGAACGAUGGAGGUGAACAGUACCAAUUGGCGAAUUUGUGA